GUAAGAACUACGAGUAGAGGGUACUGGAUCGCCUUGAAUAGAGCGCAGCAGUGACUUCCAGAGACCGCCAGAGAUCAGUGCGUCGUCGCAGUCGAGGGGUGAAAAAGGGAUUAUGUAUCGUUGGGUUAGUUCGUUCUUCGAACCUGCCAAUUCGUAUUUCGUGUUUCGUUGCGCGUGAGACUUGUGCGAUCCUCGAGCGAGGCUCAUCGUAAUGGCCGCGACCUGACUCGGGUGGUGUGCAUGCGAGCUACCGCGUUCGCGUUACGUGAAGUAGACGAGCAGAAGAGGAGAUAAGUAAAAGAAAUACAAGGAACGAGAAAAUACGACGGAGUUUAGGGUUACGCGAUUUCUGUGUAUAUCGUGAGUGCGUGUGGGUGGGCGAGGUGGGUUGAGUUCGCAAAAAGUCUGGAGGACGGCAAACCAUGAACGAAGAUAGGAGUGAAGAGGAUCCCCUAAUGGAUCUCUGGUACAGCAAUUGGGAACAACAGUGCGUUGAGGCACUGGAAACGGAACCGGAUUACGAAACGCAACUGCAUAACGAAAAGGAACUCUAUUCCCAGCAGAUGUGGACGAGUUUUCAGACGACAGCGUCGGCCAUCGCCCAGCUGUACAAAGAUCGUACGCAGGGUGUCUCUCUAUGGCUACCCUUCCAGACUGCCGCAGGUACCGUCACGUCGUUGUACAAAGAUUCAAUGGACAGCAUGCGUCGCUGCAGUGAAUUAGGUGUAGAAAUGGGACGACAAAAACGUUGUAAAGAAAUAAUGAAUUGGGCUAGGAAAAAGAGACGUAUGAUUCGUAGAGAAGACCUGUUAGCAUAUCUUGCUGGAAAACCACCUCCACCUCGGUCACAUUCACACAGAAGUUCACCUAAGCCAAGAAUGAUGGUGUGUAGUUCGCCUUCAUCAGAAAGUUCAGCACCAAAUAUGGUUGUUGCACCAACACCACUACCUGGUAGUGAUCCUGAUCCUGAAUUACAUACAUUUAGAGAAGCAAUUGCAUUAUCUGGUUCACCAAUAUCUCGGCGCACUGGGAGACAAGCCGAAUUGUCAGCCUUUAUUAGUAGCGAAUUCGCUCGACAUCAUAAACGGCCUGCUUCGCACGAUGUGGAUAUGGGAUCUCCCACGCACAAACGUUCGCGUUUUAUGUAACGGCGCGCGAUGUGUAAAGUAGCCUCGCUCCCUUGUUCCCCAUUAAUUAAUCAAUUGAUAAAUUAAUUAUUAACGGUUCAACUCCCCUACAUAGUGUUCUCGGUUAAACAUAAUCACUUCAAGAAGAUGGCAGUGACUUGCAUUGCCAUAUGAAACACGUUCGUAUAUCUCCAUUGUUAUAAUAUUUGCCAAGUUACGUUAUUAUUAUUUAUUAAUAUCAAUUUUAAAGUUUUGGUCCUUUGAUUAGAGCAAUUAAUUUGGUUAUUAAAUAAUUAAUUUAAUUGCGAGGAGUAAUUGAGCUAUCGAAAUUACUGUAUUAUUGUUUGAAGAAGUAUUAAUUUGUUAACUCAAGUUUUUAAAUUUACCACAAGAAAAUGAUUAGAAUUUAUUUGAAAAUUAUUUAUUUAUUUAUUUAUAUAUAUAUAUAUAAGUUGUGAAGUAAUGAAAACGUGUUGCAAAAUACCAUUCAAAGUGCCCAUACGGAGUGUAUGUCAUCGUUUCUUGUGCAAAAAUCUGUAUAUGUGAUUAUUAGUUGAUCAAUUUAUAAACCAAGAGUAUAGACCUUGCCAAACAAACUAUAAGAUGUUAAAAGCUGAAACUAAUAUGCUUUACACAUAAUUAAUGUGUAUCUUGAAAUUAGUAGCUAAUAUUUCAUGAUAUUUUUUAAUCACUUCAUAAUAUAUUGUAAUUUGUUCGAGUGCGAUGUUUGACAAGUGAUGAAUUGGUGAUCUAGUAUUUUGUAAUUAUAUUACUGUCCAUGAUUGUAAUUUUAUAGGAAAAAAAGGGAACGGGGAGAGAAUGACUGUAGAUUGUUCUUUCACAAUCCAAAGGAUCGCUUCUCUGAUUAUAAUAUUGUUAUGAUUAUUAAAUGAUCAUAGAUAAUUCGUAUUUGGACGCUUUUGUGAAUAAAAAGAUCACAUUUUAUACGACUUUUGUUGGUGAUAUAAGGGAAAUAUGUGAUGGGAGAAAGAAUAAGAACAUAAGUGAAAGCAAUGAAAAACAAUGUGUUAAUGAAUUGGUUUCUGUAAUUCUGUAAUUUUUAUUUAUCAUGUAAAAACAAGGGAUCUACAUUUUCUGUUGUAUGACCUCUAUAGGAUGUAGAGGAAUCAUAAAAAUGUUUUUUGGAUAAUAUAUUUAAUUGUUUCUGCAAUCCCUCUUGUUUGUAAUUGUGCAUCUGCUUUAUUUGUUUUGUGUGCGAUCCCUUGGAAGCAAUCGAAAAGUGUUUGCUACUAUGUUUUACGCGUUAUGACAUCCACGCCUAAGUUUUAAAUAACAUGAGAUCGAGUUUAGAAGCAAGGUUCAAGGAAAAUGCUGAAAAAUGAUGUUCACGUCUUAUUCUUUCCAUAUGUGUCGCGGGUGCUCAUAAUUGUGUAACUAAUGGAUAAAAGGUUCUUAAAUAGACUUUGUGUAGUUAUAAAUCUUAAGCAAGUUAGGGUAAGCAAUGCUUAUAUCAAACAGAAUCGACAGAUAAAAAGUUUCUAUAAAAAGUUUCUUCCAAUCUUCUUGUAUUUGACAUCAAUGAUGGAAGAUUAUCAUAGUAUCGAAGUUGAUUUUUAUUUUUUUGCGUAUUUGUUACAAGCAAAGGGUUGAGCAGUGUGUAGUAAAGAUGUGUCUCAGGCAAAGUCAGUAUGAAAACCGUGCAAUGUAAAGGUAUCUACUUUUCCACAAUUUCUAGUAUGGAUUUAAUCAAUAAACGAGCUUUCCGUCUUAGAUGUAGCCAUUGUCGGAGAGACACAGGCAGCUCUUUGCUGUACAUGCACAUACACAUAUACACAUGUAAUGUAUAUAUAUGUAUUUGUAUGUAUACGUGCAUAUUUUAUAAGAAGCAUUAUGUUCAAAGAAAGAAAUUGAAAUGAUUCAUCACUCGGAUAUAAGGUCACUGUACAUGUAUAUUAUUUCUAGUGUUGUGCCUCGUAACUGCUUCUACUUGAAUUUUGAAGAUCAUCAAUUAUAGGAAAUUCGAAAAUGUUUUAAUCGAACUGCCUAUAAAUUUAUUUAAGAACAAAGUUCAUUCUUCCUAUUCACGUUUCGAAUUUCCUUUCAUUCGUUCUUCGAAAAUCACUUAGGAGCAAACUUGUUUCUGUUUGUUUCCUUCUCCUCCAUAUCGUUUGAGCACCGUUCCGGAAACAAGCGAAAAAUUGUUAUUCAGUUGUAAAUAUAGUGUACGUUUAUAAUGAUAACGAAAAACAAUAGCCUUAGGGGUAUUGCUAAUAUUAUCAUUAUUGAUAUCGACAACUAUGCGAUAGCUUUAAUAAUAUUUAUCAUAUGAUCGGCAAUUAAUAAAACUCCAAGGAUUCCACUUGACUCAAUUUUCCUGACCACUUUGGUUACGCAGGGUCACGUUUUUGAAACUUCUGAAAGUUCAAUUCAAACGAAAUGUAUAAUAUUAUAUCGAGAAGUAUCUUUGUACGUAAAAAAUUUAGUCGCAUUAUUUGUUUUUAAGUUUUUCAGACGAUAAUAUUCUAUUGAUCUGAUUCAUUUCUUGGUAGAUUUUCGUACAAAGGUAAUUCUACUCAAACAUUUACAUAGAAGAAAGUAACACGCUGAAGAUGCCAUACUUAGGAAUACGUUAUUGAUAAGAAAAUAAUAGUCAAUGAUGGAACAUCGAGUCAUUUUGUACAGGCAUUGUCAUCUUUAUUUUCCCUUUCUUAGUAAAGAGACAUUUUCGAUUUAUAUUUGAGAAGUUUGCUUUUGGUCGUAAGAAAAUCGAUAUUUGUUUAUAAUUUGAUAACGUGUUACUUGUUCGACUAUUUGCAAGAAUUUGUUACUAUAAUUGACAUUUUCCUACCUUGUAUAAUGCAAGACUAUUCAUACACGUGAGACGACACUUCAAGACCAGCAAACUAAGUUUUCCCACGUAUAUAGGGAGCUUUCCCUUUCUCAUAGGAAGUUAAUCUUGUUAGUAAUCUAUGUUGUCUUUUAUACUGAUACGAUAUUUUUUAUUUAUACAGUCAGUGUAAAAUAUUGUGCACAGUUUCAAAAGAAAAUAUACGGGUUUAUUAAAAUUUCUUAUCAUUUAUAAUGAAAACUGCUAGAAGGCGAUAUUUUUUGUAAGUAAAUAUUUUGAGAUUGUAAAUGAAUAGGAAACGAUAUGAAUAUCAUAUCUUUUAUGAAGAAAUCAAAUUUUACGUUAUAAGUAAUCUUUUUGUGAAUCGAUGACUUCCGUGUUUCUUUAAUGAAAUUUGUCAUUCAUAUUUGCUGCCAAAAGGAGUUUCCAGUGAAAUUGCCAUUAUGCAAAACCGACUGUUGUGUAUAGAAACAGAAGAUAUAGCUUAUAGGGCUCUGAAAUUAAUCGAUUAAUAGUAAAAAUAAAUUAAUCCGUUUUUAUAUUAAUAAAUUGAUAGUACUCUAGAAUAAUCGGACACGUUAAACAUCAAUAUUUAUUAUUCAUUAAUCGAUUAAUCGGGCAGCCUUAGUAGGUGAGAUCGCGAGAAUCACUUCUGUAUCAUAUCUUUUUCACAAUAAUGGUAGUUCGUACUCUAAUCAUACAGGUGUGUAGAAACGCGUACGUGUCAAACACAGGGCACCAACAAAUUUUCUACAAACCAUUUUUUUUAUUCUGAUGCACAUUAAUCGCAACGUGAUGUACUUGUUUGACAACAAAUGUAUCACCAAAUUCUACUUGCACGAACACGGAAAAACCAUAAGAGAACAUGAAAUGUCUGUUCGCGGCGAGGCGAGAAAUGGUGCUGUAAUUUUUUGCGACUAUAAGAAGCUUGUAUAUUUUUGCGUCUCUUGUUUGUAAGAUAAUCAUUUACAAAUAAAAUUACAAAGAAAAAGA